AAUUGAAAACUCCUGGGACCUCAGUGUUCAGCAGUAAAAUCUUAAAGCUGUGAGGCAGUGCAGUCCAGCAGACAAACUCUGUUAAUCUUUAUGUAUGUGAACAGCAUCUGUCCAUGUGGCAAAGCUCUGGUGAGUUUAUUUGGAAUGUGCGACAGAAUCCUUUUGUUUUUUUUCCGAUUAUUUGACCUUGGCAACUUUUUUUUCUCACUGCCAGCGCUGUGAGGCUUAGUUUCUGAAUGCAGUGGCCAGAGUGCUGUUGGCUGGCUGCUCCACCAGCAUUGUUCUAAUGCUCAUUCCAUAUGUAUGUCACAUCACUCGACUCCCCUUACCUCCUCCUUCCCCUCCCUCCCCCUCCCCACACACACCCUUUUUUUUUUUCACCGAGCAUAUCCGUUUGGUUCUUAUCUGGGAAGGUUGAAUUCUUUCUCUCUGUUGUAAAUUGCAAAUUUCAAGUUGAAAAGCUGCAGCUCAGCUGUGACUUGUUUCGCCCCGGGCGGAUGGACAGCACCAAGUACAAUCAGACACUACUGAAAAUCUCCGCGGCUCCGCUUUCCUCUCGCUCCUGAUUUUGGACUCCUGGAAGUCUAAAGAACUAAUCUUGGCAACUGCCUGGCUUUUUACUGUUACCGUGGUAGCAGCUGCAAUGUAUUAUAAUGGAGCAGGCAGGCUGGAGUUCUUGUGCCUUAUGUUUUCCGGAUUGUCAGUGAAGACUUUAGGGAAAGCUUGCAACAGAUAUGAGCAAGUAUUUUUGUGCUGCCCUAUUUCAGUCCUUAUUAAGGAAAUGGGUGUCAAUGACGAGGACCAGAAUUUACUGCUCAUCUCUAGUUGCUGUUGAGUCCGUGGAAGUAAACAGACUUCAUGAACUGGUGCAGUUCGGCUGGUGAAAGAUCGUCAUAAUACCGUGUGGUUUUUGGGGGCAUUUUGGAGAACGAACUGGAAUCGUUUGUGUGGGUCCAUAUUCACACAUAGACAGACUGGGUAAGAAUGCAAGAAUGAUGGGAUGGAUCUAAUGAUGGGCUUCGGGCCAGGCUUGGCGCUGUCCUUCCUCUGCCUCGUCCUCCUGCUAUUCCAGCUGUUUGGCUCCAGUUGUCAGGGUCGCCAGAUUCAAGAGCCAGUGGUGUCCGCAACCUUCCAGUUUACCCACUCAAUGUACAAUGCUACAAUUUACGAGAACUCUGCUGCAAGAACCUAUGCCAACAGUCAAGUUAAAAUGGGAAUACAUGUGACAGAUCCAUCGUGGGACAUUAAAUACAGGAUUAUUUCUGGAGAUGAGGACAGCUUCUUCAAAGCAGAAGAAAUUUUACUUGGAGAUUUCUGCUUCCUUCGGAUUAGGACUAAGGGAGGGAAUUCUGCCAUAUUAAACAGGGAAGUACAAAAUCACUAUUUGCUCAUUGUGAAAGGCACUAUCAGAGGGGAAGCUAUGGAGGCAUGGACGAAAGUGAAUAUACAGGUUUUGGAUAUGAAUGAUUUACGGCCUUUGUUUUCUCCAACUACAUAUUCUGUAACUAUUCCAGAAAAUACACCUCUAAGAACAAGUAUUGCACAGGUGACGGCAACAGAUGCGGACAUUGGAUCAAAUGGAGAGUUUUAUUAUUAUUUUAAAGAUAGAGUUGACAUCUUUGCUGUUCAUCCAACUAGUGGAGUGGUUUCUUUGAGUGGCAGAUUGAAUUAUGAUGAGAUAAACCAAUAUGACUUGGAAGUUUUAGCAGUGGAUCGUGGAAUGAAACUUUAUGGGAACAAUGGAGUUAGCAGUACUGCAAAACUAGUCAUUCGCAUUGAUAGAAUCAAUGAGCAUGCACCAACUCUAAAUGUGGUGACUCACAUUCCUUCCUUGAUGGACAAUAAUCCUACCUAUGCUAUUCUCACAGUGGAUGACCUGGACGAUGGAAUUAACGGGGAAAUUGAAUCGGUAUCCAUUGUAGCAGGUGAUCCUUUAGAGCAGUUCCAUCUCAUUCGGACCGGAUCAUCUGGCAGAGAGUUUGGAAUAAAGGAAGCAAAGGAAAUAUACUGGAAAGAUUUUCCCUAUGGCUCCAACCUUACCCUUCAAGCAAAAGAUAAAGGAGUCCCUCAGAAAUUCUCUGCAGUGAAAAUAGUACAUAUUAGAAAUGGGGAUGAAGAUGAAAACCAAGUGAUGUUUGAAGAAGAUCUCUAUGAAGUGGAAUUGAAUGAAUUUGCUCCUCCUGGAGCAGUGGUAGUUGUUGUUAAGCUGAAGCCAGAGCCAUCAAAUGUGGAAUAUAAAUUAAGUGCAACUGAAGAUGCUCAUCUCUUCCACAUUAAUUCUCGGACUGGUCUGAUCACAACGACACAGCACAUAAGCACCCUUGAGAGAGAACACUUUGUGUUAGAAGUGGUGAGUAAUGCCAAUGACAUCAAAGUACGUGUCAUUGUAAAGAUCGAAGACGCCAAUGAUCAUGCCCCAGAAUUUCAGCAGCUGUCCUAUGAGGCAUUCAUCAAUGAGAGCAUGCCGAUUGGUAGCAGUGCGUUAGUUGUUUCUGCCAUGGACAAAGAUCAAGGAGAAAAUGGAUACGUAACAUACAGCAUUGGCAGUCUGAAUUCAUUACCUUUCACAAUAAACCAGUUUACUGGCAUCAUCAGCACAAGGGAACCAUUAGAUUUUGAGUCCUCACCUCAGAGUUACAGGUUUUCUGUACGUGCCUCGGAUUGGGGAUCACCCUACCGAUGUGAGACUGAGGUAAAUGUGACGAUAUUUAUAGAUAACAUUAACGACAAUAAACCCCUGUUUGAAAAAGUGGACUGCCGAGGCAUGAUUUCCCAAGAGUUCCCUGUCGGCGAACAAAUAACUGCUGUUUCAGCGAUUGAUGUUGAUGAGCUGCAAUUGGUAAAAUACACAAUCAUUUCAGGGAAUGAGCUUGGAUUCUUUGAGCUGAAUCCUGACUCUGGCGUACUUUUCUUAACAAAGCCAUUGGAUAGUGCAAAUCCAAACAAUGGUUUUUUUUCACUUCAGAUAACAGCCUCGGAUGGGGAGAACUUAGCUGAUCCGAUGUUCCUUAACAUUUCUCUGGUGCAUGGUAAAUUGACCGCGAAGGAUUACAUCUGCAAAGAAACGGGAGCUGCUCAGAAAUUAACAGAAAAGCUACUGAAAAGGGCUAAAAUAAACACCAAAUCAACAAUGGAAGACUUAUUCCUCGACCUCUACUCGAUUAAUAGGCAAUCCCCAGAGUUUGAUAAAUCCUUUCAUUCGGAAAUAGAUGUUAAGGAAGAUCUUCCAGUUGGUGGUACUGUUGUUAAGAUCACAGCGUCUGAUACGGACAGUAGCUUUAAUGGAAAGGUAGUGUACACCAUUUCUGACGGCAAUGUGGAUAGUUGUUUCAAUAUUGACAUGGAAACCGGAUGGAUAACAAUUCUGAUGCCUUUGGAUCGUGAGUUGACUGAGAACUACAUUCUGAACAUCACAAUUUAUGACUUGGGAUCUCCCCCAAGGUGUGCCUCGAGACUCCUGGUUGUCCAUGUCCAGGAUGCUAAUGACAACAGGCCUAAGUUUCUGCGAGAGAGUUAUUCCGUCAGCAUUCCAGAAGAUACACUGAUCGGUACAGAAGUAGUUCAGAUUGAGGCCACCGAUAAAGAUCUGGGUCGAAAUAGUGAAAUAAGUUAUACACUAUUAACGAGCACUCACAUGUUCGCUGUUAACUCUUCAACUGGUGUCGUUUAUGUGACUGGAUUGCUUGACCGGGAAUUAAUUCCAAAUUGUAUAUUAAAAAUAGAAGCCCGUGAUCAAGCUGAGAGUGGUCAGCAGCAGUUCUCUGUGGUGGCACUGAAUGUAAUAAUUGCUGAUGUCAAUGACAAUGCUCCUCUUUUCGUUCCUUCAAGUUACUUUGUUAAGGUACUCGAAGAUAUGCCCGUCAGUGCUGUGGUCAUGUGGCUGGAAGCUCAUGAUCCUGAUCUUGGCUUAGGUGGCCAGGUACGCUACUCUUUGGGAAACGAUUACAAUGGCAAGUUUGAAAUUGACCGAACCAGUGGAGCAGUGCGACUGUCAAGAGAGCUAGACUUUGAGAAGCAGCAGUUCUACAACCUGACAAUUCGUGUUAAAGAUAAAGGGCGGCCGAUAUCCUUAUCUUCAACGUCAUUUAUAGAGAUCGAAGUGGUUGACGUGAAUGAAAAUCUGUAUGCACCACGAUUUACAGAGUUUGCUAAGAUGGUAUCCGUGAGGGAAAAUGCGGCAAUUGGUACAACAGUUGUGCAGGUGAUGGCCAAAGAUAAUGAUGAAGGAAGGGAUGGAGAGGUACAGUACUCCAUCCGGGAUGGUAGUGGCCUUGGACGUUUCACUGUCAAUGAGGAUACAGGUUUGAUUGUUACAGCUGAUGUACUUGAUCGUGAAACAACUGCUUCCUACUGGCUUACUGUGUAUGCCACAGAUCGUGGAGUAGUUCCAUUAUUUUCAUCCAUUGAGAUCUAUAUUGAGGUUGAAGAUGAAAAUGACAACGCACCGAUAUCUUCUCAGCCUAUUUACCAUCCAUCAAUCAUGGAAAACUCUCCCAAGGAUAUUCCCAUAGUUCAGAUUCAGGCCUAUGAUCCAGAUUCCAGCUCCAGUGAUAAAAUGACUUUUAAGAUUACCAGUGGGAACCCUCAAAAUUUCUUCACGAUUAAUCCCAAGACAGGUUUGAUCAUGACCACAACAAGGAAACUGGACCGAGAACAGCAAGCUGAACAUGUCCUUGAGGUGAUGGUGACAGAUGGAAGCUCUUCUCCAAAACACUCAACUGUGUGGGUGGUUGUACACGUAUUGGAUGAGAAUGACAACAAACCCGUAUUUCCUCAGAAGGUGUAUCAAAUUAAACUUCCAGAACGGGACCGCAAGAAACGAAGUGAACCAAUUUAUAGAACGUUUGCAUUUGAUAAGGAUAAAGGCCCCAAUGCUGAAAUCUCCUACAGUCUUGUGGAUGGAAAUGAUGAUGGGAAGUUUUUCAUUGAUCCCAAAACCGGAAUGGUUUCCUCCAGGAAACAAUUUUCAGCUGGAAACUACGACAUCUUAACCAUUAAAGCAGUAGACAAUGGGAGACCUCAAAAGUCUUCCACUGCACGCUUACACAUUGAAUGGAUAAAGAAACCAGAACCAUCCUCCAUUCCCCUCAGUUUUGAUGAACCAAUUCACAACUUCACAGUGAUGGAAAAUGACAGAGUGAAUGAAAUUGUGGGUGUCGUCACUGUUCAACCAAGUAAUAUUCUGCUUUGGUUUGAUAUCGUUGGUGGGAAGCAAGCUCGAGAGAUGUUCUAUGUAUAUCCGACAGCUUGUGGCCAGAACUGUUCCAGAGAAGGUGGAAAUUAUGACAGUGCAUUUGAAAUAGAGAAGGGCAUUGGCACCAUUGUUAUUGCGAAACAACUGGAUACUGAGCACAGGGCAACUUAUAAUAUGACUGUGGAAGCCACGGAUGGAACUAAUUCAGCUGUCACACAGGUGUUUAUAAGAGUACUUGACCAUAAUGAUAACGGUCCAAUAUUCUCCCAGCCAAGCUACGAUGUGACCAUUUCUGAGGAUGCUGCUGUGGAUACCGAAAUUCUGCACAUUAAAGCCACUGACAAGGAUGAGAAAAACAAGCUGACCUACUCUAUUCACAGCAGUAUCGAUCCUAUAAGCAUGCGGAAAUUUCUGCUCGACCAAAGUACGGGCAGGUUGAGCGUAGCUGAAAAGCUGGAUCAUGAAGCUCAGGCACAGCACAGUUUAACGGUCAUGGUACGAGAUCAAGAAUUUCCAUACCGACGUAACUUAGCACGGGUUAUAGUAAAUGUAGCUGAUGCCAAUGAUCACGCUCCAUACUUCACUAGUGCUGUGUAUGAGGGUUCAGUUUUUGAAUCGGCUGCUUUUGGUUCUGCAGUACUGCAGGUUACAGCUCUGGACAAAGAUAAAGGUCAAAACGCAGAACUAUUGUACAGUAUUGAAGGAGGCAACAAUGACAAUGUCUUUAAAAUUGAACCAGUUUUGGGAAUUAUCAUUGUUUCAAAAGAACUUGACCUCGCAUCCCUUGGCCAUUAUGUUCUGACUGUUAAAGCAACUGAUCGAGGAAUACCAUCUCUCUCUGCGACUGUGAUUGUACGUAUAACAUUGACUUUCUCGGACAACGCACAACCCCAGUUCCAUCAGAAAGAAUACACGAUUGAAGUGAAUGAAAAUGCCAGCGCUGGGACCUCAGUGGUUAUGAUCUCAGCUGUGAGUCAAUCAACAGUAGUUUAUGAGAUAAAAACUGGAAAUUGGGAGAGUGUUUUUGCAAUAAACCCUUAUUCGGGUGUCAUUAGUGUUCAGAAAACUCUUGAUUAUGAACAAAUUUCUUCCUAUCAGCUGAUUGUGCAAGCAACCAACAUGGCAGGAAUGUCCUCGAACAUUACAGUUAGUAUUCAUGUUGUUGACCAAAAUGACAAUCCUCCGAUCUUCCUUCAUUCCCAAUAUUCGGGUAGCAUUAGUGAGGCUGCUCCAGUCAACAGUGCUGUUUUAAUCUCGGACAACAAUCCACUUGUUAUAAGAGCCAGCGACGCUGAUUGCAACCAGAAUUCAUUGCUUGUCUACCAAAUUGUUGAAUCCACAGCAAAGACAUAUUUUUCGGUUGAUUCCAGCACUGGGGCAAUCCGGACCAUCGCAAACCUUGAUCAUGAAACAAUUCCAAUAUUUCAUUUCCAAGUGCAGGUCAGAGACAGUGGAAGUCCACAGCUCAUGGCUGAAUCUCCAGCUGAUGUAACAAUUCAUGUGACUGAUAUCAACGACUCACCCCCAAUGUUCAGCCAGGAAGUAUAUGAAACUGUUCUUCUCCUGCCAACAUACAUUGGCGUUGAGGUUCUCACUGUGUCAGCCACUGACCCUGACUUUGAAGUAAUAUCAGAAUUAACCUACACAUUAACAGAUGGAAAUUCAGCAAAUUGUUUUUCGAUUGACCUAAGAAGUGGAAUAAUCACUGUAAGGAAUCAAACCCUUACUGGCGAAGUCUACCAACUUACUGUUCGUGUUUCCGACGGGAAGUUCAGCAGUACAGCAAUGGUAAAAAUAAAAGUGAAAGUUGCUCUUGACAGUGGUCUUCAGUUCACUCAAAGUUUCUAUUCAGCUUCUAUCUUGGAAAACAAUACCGAGGCAAUGAAAGUGGCUGUGGUAAAUGCCGUGGGGAACCGGCUCAAUGAGCCCUUGAAAUACAGAAUACUGAAUCCUGGUGACAAGUUUACUAUUAAAUCCACCUCAGGAAUUGUACAAACAUUGCCUGUGUCUUUUGACAGGGAGGAGCAAGAAAUGUAUGAGUUAGUGGUGGAAGCGAGUCGUGAGCACGAUCCCUGGUGUGUGGCGCGAGUGGUCAUUAGGGUGCAGGUAGAAGAUAUUAAUGACAAUCCACCUGUAUUUGUAGGCCUCCCCUAUUAUGCUGCAGUUCAAGUUGAUGCAGAGCCAGAAGCACGAAUAUACCACGUCACCGCUGUGGAUUGUGAUAAGGGUAAAAAUGGAGAGGUCACUUACUUCCUUGAAGAAGGACAUGGUCACUUUGAGAUUGACCAGUAUACUGGCAUUGUUACGCUGAAAGAACCAUUUGAAUCUGACGUAUCCAGCGUUGAAUACAAUGUCAUUGUCAUUGCAACAGAUGGUGGUUCUCCUUCGCUUUCCACACAUGUACAACUGCCUAUCACAGUGAUUAAUAAAGCUAUGCCUGUCUUUGCAAAGCCAUUUUAUGUAAAAACAGUCAAUGAAGACAUACAGCCACACACCCCCAUCCUCAGCAUUAAUGCAACUAGCCCUGAAGGUCAGAGUCUAAUAUACACAAUUACAGAUGGAAAUCCCCUAAACCAAUUUAAUAUAAAUUUUUAUACAGGAGUGAUUGGUGUCAUUCAUCCACUUGAUUAUGAGACCAAGUCCAGCUAUAAAAUGACGGUUAAAGCGACAGAUUCUCUCACGGGGGCCCAGGCAGAGGUGACAGUGGAUAUAUCAGUAGGAGAUGUUAAUGAUAACCCUCCAAUUUUUGAACAAAGUGUAUACGAAGCAACCCUUUCUGAAUCCUCAAUGGUUGGAACACCCGUGUUGCAGGUUAUUGCUACUGACGCAGACUCUGAAAACAGUAAAAUAGUAUGCUAUCAGAUCGUCCAGGACAAGUUAAACAGCACAGAUUACUUUCAUAUAGAUAGCACAAGUGGGUUGAUUCUAACAUCCCGAAUGUUGGACUUUGAGUUAAUACAGGAAUAUAAUUUUAUAGCUCGAGCAAUAGACAAUGGCAUCCCACCAAUGAGCAGUGAUGUCCCUGUAAUGGUUCAUGUGACUGAUAUGAAUGACAGCCCUCCAGUAUUUAACCAGCUUCUCUAUGAAUCCUAUGUGAACGAACUUGCUCCACGCGGUCAUUUUGUAACCUGCGUGCAGGCAUCCGAUGAAGAUAGCUCUGACGUGGGCAGAUUAAAAUACAGCAUCCUGUCUGGCAACGACCAUAUGAACUUUGUCAUGAACAACAUGAGAGGCAUCAUUACACUUUCCAACCAUCGCAAGCAAAGAAUGGAUCCUGUGUAUAACCUAAACGUCUCUGUGUCUGACGGCAUUUUCACCAGCACUGCGCAAGUGCACAUCAGAGUGCUUGGUGCCAACUUAUACAGUCCAGUCUUUUCGAGCAAUCUUUACGUGGUGGAAUUGAGAGAAAACUCUGCCAUUGGGAGCAAGGUGGCACAGGCAAUAGCCACUGACGGCGAUUCUGGGGACUAUGGAAAUAUUAACUAUCACAUAGUGAAUGACUUUGCAAGAAAUCGAUUCUCCAUUGAUUCUUCAGGGAUAAUUAUUAUUACAGAAAAGCUAAACAGGGAACUGACAUUGGAAAGUAAUAUUGACAUUAUGGUAAUGGCUGUGGAUGGUGGUGGGAGAUCUGCAUUCUGCACUGUGAGGGUCAUACUGGUCGAUGACAAUGACAAUGCUCCCCAAUUCAUGGCCCUAGAAUACAGGACAAGUGUUAAGGCUGACGUGACGAAAGGCUCAUUGAUCAUUCAAGUCGUAGCUUUUGAUCCAGAUGAAGGAGCAAAUGCUAAAAUCUUGUAUUCAUUGUACAAUGAAGAUUCAGACUACGUAACUAAUGCAAUCGACAUUGACCAGGAAACUGGAUGGAUUGUCACAAAGGGAAAUUUUGACCAUUUGAAAAAUACAAUUCUCUCUUUUUUCGUGAAAGCCUCAGAUGGAGGUGUUCCUGUGAGGAGUGUUCUGGUUCCCGUAUACUUUCAUGUGCUUGCUCCCAAAACAGACCUUCCAGCCUUUCUGCAACAUCAAUAUUCAUUUAUGCUGCCAGAAGAUGCCCCUAUAGGAAGUAUGGUUGGCACCAUCCAAGUUUUGCCACAACAAACUAUUCUCUUCAAUACGAUUAAUGGUGGAUUAUCACAAAAUAACCAAGAUGCAGUAUUUGUUAUAGAUUCACACACUGGAGUGUUAAAAUUGGACAAGAAACUUGAUUACGAAACAAAUCCUUUUUAUGAGUUUUUGGUUACAGUCACCGUUAAUAAUGGCAGAACCGAUAUAAUUUUGACAACAGUUGUCAAAAUUGAAGUGAGGGAUUUGAAUGACAACAGGCCUGUUUUUCAGACCGAUCCAUACGAGGCUGUGAUAAUGGAAGGAAUGCCAAUCGGAACUAAAGUGAUCCAAGUCCAAGCAAUUGAUGAAGACUCAGGAGCCAAUGGACAUGUCACCUAUAGUAUAUUGCCAGCUACUCAGAUGGAACUUGAAGAUAUAAUGGAUAUAUUUGCCAUCGACACCAACAAUGGCUGGAUUAGGACACUUAAAGAUCUCGAUCAUGAAAAGCAGCCGUCCUACACGUUCAUUGUGGUAGCCUUGGACCAUGGUGAGAUUGUGCCCCUGUCUUCAACAGCAAUUGUUCAAGUAACUGUCACGGAUAUAAAUGACAAUUCUCCACAUUUUGUGAAUGAGAUAUAUCGGGGAUCUGUGAGGGAGAGUGAUUCACCAGGAGAGGUUGUUGCCGUGCUCAGUACAAGGGAUGAUGACACAUCUGAAAUCAAUCGUCAAGUUAGCUAUCACAUUACAGGAGGAAAUCCUAAAGGAAAAUUUGCACUUGGUCUGGUUCAGAAUGAGUGGAAAGUCUAUGUGAAGAGACCAUUAGACCGGGAGGAGCAGGAUAUUUAUCUUUUGAAUAUUACAGCCACUGAUGGACUCUUCGUAUCAAGAGCAGUGGUAGAAGUCAGCGUAUUAGACGCCAAUGACAACAACCCAGUGUGUGAUCAGGUCACCUACACAGAGACAAUAGUGGAAGAUAUUCCACCAAAUAGAGUUAUUCUAAGGAUUCAUGCUCAUGAUGCUGACCUUGGAUCUAAUGCAGAAAUACAGUAUUCUUUGCAUGGAACUGGGUCAGAUAAAUUUUUUCUUGAACCAGAAAGUGGUGAACUUAAAACAUUAUCAGCUUUAGACCGUGAGGAAACACAAGUGUACAAUUUGAUUGCCAGAGCAUCAGAUGGAGGGGGCCGUUACUGCCAGUCGGGAGUAGUUCUGACUCUGGAGGACGUGAAUGAUAAUCCACCAGUAUUCACCUCCGAUCAUUAUACUGAACCUGUGUCCGAGAACACUGUAAUAAAGGUUUUGCUAACAAAGGUUGAAGCAACAGAUCCAGAUUUGGGCCCAAACAGAAAUGUGGAAUACACUCUUGUUGACUCUGCUGAUGGAUUUUUUUCGAUUGAUAAAUAUUCUGGAAUCAUCAGCCUGGAAAAGGCACUGGAUAGAGAGCAACAGGCAUUGUACAACCUCACAGUCAGAGCCACUGACCAGGGAACAACAUGGAAACUCUCAACUUUUGCCACAGUCACCAUCAUUGUGCUGGACAUCAACGAUAACCCGCCAGUCUUUGGGAGACGAGACUAUCUUACCACAGUGCCUGAAGAUGUAGCCCUGGGUACUGAAAUACUGACUGUCUAUGCAGCGAGCAAAGACAUUGGUGCAAAUGCAGAAAUUAAUUACAAUAUUAGAUCUGGUAAUGAACAUGGGAAAUUCAGAAUUGAUCCUCGGAAAGGAACUAUUUCUGUAAUUGAGCUUCUUGACUAUGAAACGUGUAAGGAUUACUAUCUCACGGUUGAAGCCAGAGAUGGAGGCUCCCCUUCACUGAGCACAGUCACUACAGUCAAUGUCAAUGUAAUAGAUGUCAAUGAUAACCCACCAGAAUUCAGCAGGGAUAUAUACAAUUCGGUUAUCAGUGAAGAUGCACCCAUCGGAGAUUCCAUUGCUUUGGUGUUGGCAGAGGACUGCGACAGUCAAGCUAAUGCACAGAUUCGUUUCUCCAUUGUGAAUGGCAAUCUGGGCAAUUACUUCAGCAUCAAUCCAAUCACAGGUUUAAUCGAAAUCAAAGGUCGACUUGAUCGAGAAAAAGUGUCUGGAUAUUCAUUAAUUGUGCAAGCUGAAGACAGCGGAACACCAUCCAUGUCAUCCACUGUUACCGUGAAUAUUGACGUCUCAGACAUUAACGAUAAUCCUCCUGAUUUUAUCCCAGCAAAUUAUUCAGCUGUCAUCCAGGAAAAUAAACCUGUGGAAACCAGUAUCGUGAAACUUUCAGUGACGGACAAGGACUCCUCACACAAUGGGCCUCCAUUCGCUUUUACUAUUCUUGCUGGCAAUGAGGGGAAGGAAUUUGUUUUAGAUCAGGAAGGAGUUCUGAGAUCUGCAGUUAUAUUUACUCAGAAGGAUACAACAGAGUACCAUCUACAUGUGCAGGCUCAAGAUUCGGGUAAACCGCCACUGAUGUCUUCCGCCCAUGUGUUUGUCCGCGUGAUUGAAGAAAGCAUUCACAAACCAACUGCAAUCCCACUCGAGAUUUUUAUUUCCACAAUGGAAGAUGAAUUCUCAGGAGGCAUGAUUGGAAAAAUUCAUGCUACUGAUCAGGAUAUGUAUGAUGUUCUUAGCUACAGCUUCAGAUCAGAUCAAAACAGUCUGUUCAAUAUAAACAGCCAAGAUGGGAAGAUUAUUGCACUUGGGGGACUUGAUAGUGGCAAGUAUAUAUUAAAUGUAUCAGUCAGUGAUGGACGCUUCACUGUCCCUGUUGACGUAGUGGUUCAUGUUGAGCAGUUGACUCAGGAAAUGCUAAACAAUGCAAUAACGAUUCAAUUUGAAAACAUCUCUCCUGAGGAUUUUAUCGGACUAUAUCUCCAUGGAUUUAGACGGAGCCUUCGGAACAUAUUCGCUAUCCAAAAGCAAGACACUGUUCAUAUCAUUAGUAUUCAAUCAAUAACAGACACACAGCAGCUUGAGGUUUUAUUGGCAGUGCAGAUGUAUAGAAAUGGGUUCUAUAGAGCAGUUUAUUUAAUUCAAAAGCUUAGCAGUGCAAAGAGGGAUCUGGACAAUGGCCUUCAUGUCUCCACUAUCGUGGACAAGCGUUGCCCUGGUGAGGAAUGUCAAGAAGACAACUGUGAGCCAGUAAUUUCUGCAGAACCACAGUCCACUACGACCUACAGCACUGCACGGAUCAGCUUUGUGUCCCCUCGUUUUCACAGAAGUGUAACAUGUGCUUGCAAUGGUGAACUCUGCCCUGUGGUUUCCGAUGUUUGCCAAGACAAGCCUUGCCCAAGCGACAUGCAUUGCAUUAGAGGCGGUGAGGGCCAGGGACCAUACGUCUGUCAGUGUCCACCAGGGAAUCUGGGAGAAUGCUCUGGUCACGCGUCCUUGAGUUUUGCUGGAAACUCUUACAUUAAGUAUCGGGUGGCUGAAAACAGCAGAAGACAUGAACUGAAAUUGGGGCUGCACUUGAGAACGCUUCAAAGUAAUGGAAUCAUUAUGUAUGCUGAAGGGGAAUACUGUGUCAUUUUGAAGAUUGUGGAUGGGAAGCUCUGGUUCCAGUUGGACUGCGGCAAUGGACCAGGCAUUGUCGGCAUCUCCGGCAGGGCGGUGAACGAUGGGAAUUGGCACACUGUCUUUCUGGAUCUCAACAAGAAUUUUACCAGCCUCGCACUUGACGACACCUACGUGGAGCGACGGAGAGCUCCUUUCCACUUUCAGUCCCUCAGCAUCGACAACUCCAUCUACUUUGGGGCCCAGGUGCCAGCUGCCCGUAGCCUUUCGAGCCAGAAAAAGACUCAAGUCGUGGGUGGAUUUCAAGGAUGCCUGGACUCGGUCGUCCUUAAUGACAAUCAGUUGCCACUCCAAAACAAACACAGCCACUUUGCUGAAGUGGCAGAACUGACAGAACUGAAGCUCGGCUGUGUCUUAUAUCCUGAUACCUGUGCAAGGGUACCGUGCCAGAAUGGAGGGACUUGUGUUAGCCUACCAUCUGGUGGUUAUCAAUGCAGCUGCCUGUCACAGUUUACAGGAAAUCGGUGUGAGACAGAAGUUACAGCCUGCUACCCAAACCCCUGUCAGAACGGGGGCUCCUGUAAUCCAACUGGCAACGAUUUUGUCUGCAGCUGCAAGGCGGGUUUUGUUGGUUUGAUAUGUGAAGAAGACAUUGAUGAAUGCGAUAUAGAAGAAUGCCACAAUGGAGGAACAUGCUUCAACACAUUAGGCUCAUUUAAGUGCAACUGUACUUCAGGAUUCAUGGGCCUCCACUGCGAUCUCCGACCUAUGGUUGUGCCCAAUAUACAACCUGGACAUCCCUACGUUGGAAAAGAGGAGCUCAUUGGAAUAGCCGUUGUUUUAUUGAUUCUCAUGUCACUGGUGGUACUCUUUGCAAUUUUCCGAAAGAAGUUCUUCAAGAAACAUGCACGUAACAAUAUUACCCUUGUUCAGGAUCCUGCAACAGCAGCACUGCUCAAUAAACCUAAUGGCAUGCAAUUCAAAAUUAUUAGGAAUAAUGGCGAUAUCCGUAAGAUAUAUCAAGAGACUGGAGGUCCUCCCCAAGUGCCAGUCAGACCAAUGGCUUAUACUCCAUGUUUCCAAAGUGACUCAAGAAACAAUUUAGACAAAAUUGAUGGAUUGGGGAUAGAACACCAAGAAAUGAGCACCUUCCACCCUGAUUCUCCUCGACUACUGACUACACGUAGAGGUGUUGUUGUGUGCAGUGUUGCCCCAAAUCUCCCAUCAGUUACUCGAUCUGUCUCUGACUGUGAUUCACUGAGAAAGAACACGUGGGAUACCGAGAGAGAUGGAAAAGUAGAGAUUGUCGAAGAUGCAGCAGGCUACACUGGAAGUACGAAAGGCAGCAAUUCAGAAGUCCAGUCACUCAAUUCCUUUCAGUCUGAUUCAUGUGACGAUAAUGCUUCAAUAGUGACUGUUAUACGCCUCGUUAAUGAUGCAGUUGACACAGUUGACAAUGAAGUGUCCCUUAUGGAGGAGGGGCAGAACUACAACAGAGCAUAUCACUGGGAUACCUCAGACUGGAUGCCAAGCACUCGACUGCCUAAUAUUGAAGAGAUUCCACAUUAUGAAGCAGCUGACGUUGCGCCCAUACAUCAUGAGAAUGUAACAGCACUCGAUACAGACUAUUACCUCGGCGGGUAUGACAUCGACAAUGACUUCCCACCUCCGCAAGAUGAGGAGUUCCUGAGUCAGGACCAACUUCCUCCUCCACUCCCAGAGGACUACCAGGAUCAGUACGAGAUCAUCCAACCACACCGUGCAACAUCAGCAACCAACACGUUGAGCUCCAAUGGCCGAAGAAGACCACACUUCCAUCCCAGCCAGUACCUUCCACCUCAUCAGUUGCCAGCGGAAGGCGAGACAGUUGGUGCCCAAGGUGGGAGAGACUAUUGUGCAUUUCGUGCAGAUUCGGACAAACACUUGGAGAAAGUGAUUAUCGACAAUAUGGCAAUUCCUAUGCUCGCGUCAACAAACGCAUCAUCGUCAGACAUGUCAACGAGCUGUGGCUUUGAUGACUCUGAAAUAGUGAUGAGUGACUAUGAAAGUGGCGACGAACUCAAUUUUAAUAAUCAUGUCUCUUUUGUAGAAUCCCAGUACCAGACACAGGUAUGAUGACUAUAUGAGCUAUUUCUAAUUUUGGAACAAAAUUGAAACAUUCAAGACACACUGACAACCAAGUGGUGCAGUGGCAGGAAUGUGAAGACCAUUUCAUGGGAUAUUUGCUUCCCCAAGAAAUGAUGAACACAAAGCGUAGAAUGAGUUGUCUUUUCCAAACUGGGGUAUUAAUCUCAUUGUUUUAUGUCCACAACUACUUUUUCUAAAAUAGCUCAAAAUAAUUGUGUUUAUUGUAAAAUAAAUACAGCCUAUGAUUUGGUUUUAAGCUGAGUCCAUAUUGGAGCUAAAAGUGCAGAAAAAUAUUACCAUUAACAUUGAUGUACUUCGGAGGUAUUGUCCCUGCGGAAAUGCAUUGGAUAAUGUAGGAAAAGCGAUCAACUGAUGGUAUAAAAUGUUAAUCAUACAAUCACAGUUUACAUUGAUAAUUCCAAAAUGCUGGGGAUGAAGUAAUUAGUAAUGGCACUUUCUUAAGAGUGAUGAAGUAAACCAUUUGGUAGUCAACAGCAUGUUUUGCUGUUGAUAUGGUAGUAUUUGUAUAGGCAGACCUUCAAAAGAACUGCAAUACUUGUUUAACAAUGCAUCUUGCACUGUUUUAAUUCGUGGAAUGUAUAUUUGUUCACGGUCCAAAAGUGACUGAUAGCAGUAAGUUAAAGUAAAGUAUUAAAGCAAAAUAGUUGCCAAUAAAAGAAUGUUCUACCUAAAAUACCUAGCCAAAAUCCUCUUCCUCAAGGUCCAAAAUAAUCCAAUUAUCAUAACAUUUUGUACCAUCUUAUUUCUAUAUCAAAGCACAUAGAACUUAACUUGAAAUAACAGUCUGCUGCCUGUACUUGCAAAGAAAGUGCUGUCAUGUGGUUACAUUUUAGAACAGUCAUGAACACUGGAGUGGGAGUUUUUACAACAAUAAAUAAGUAAGUAAAAUUGCACUGCAGACUAAUGUAAAGUUGGAAUAAAUGUGCUAUUAGUCAUCUGGUCUAAGGACCCAUUGGAAAAGCUCAUGUCUUUUGACCAUGAGGCAGGUAUAACCUGAGGUGCAUUGUUUUACUGCGAAAAAGUGGAAGAAAAUCUCUAGAUUUAAAUGAAAGUCACUUUCAGAGUUUAGUUUUUCUGGAGUCUGGCUACUAUUGGGCUCUAACCUCACAGCUAUAGUUGUGUAAUAUUUAGAGAUCGCCUGUAAAAUCUAUACUAUACAAAUUAAUACUUUCAAAGACAGAUUUGGUUCAGAUCUUAUGACCUCAUGUUUUCCAAAUUAAGAUAGCCUUUGUAAAAUCAGAUAUUCACAGACAUCAAGGUGAAAAUUCACUUCCUCAAAUCUCUCAGUGGCAAGGAAUGUAUUUCAAUAGAAGAUUAUUUUAAUCAAUCAGUAGCAAAGCUGCUCUUUUACUAUUUAAUAAUUGAUUAAAAUGUAUCUUUUGACUCGUGUCAGAAGAUUAUUCCACGUAAAGUAUUGCCAUCAGUAAAACAGUGUUAUCCGGUUUAAGACAUUCUCCGAAAUGCAGAGUAAAGGCUCCACCUAUAAAUUCAUUCCUGGAUAUUUGCACAUGCAGUAUAUGGAUUGAAAUCUCAAGUAACUUUUAUAAUUAGAAAGUCAGCUGUCUCUUUUGAUUAUGGUUGAAGUAAGUUCGGUUCAAGUCAUUACAUUUCCUGCAGACAAGUGUACGUCAUUAACCAACUGUGUCACAAUUUGUACCUGGGACAAAAUAUGAAGAAAACCAUAUUUUUUCAUGCACCUUUAGAGUCGGUUCCUGUAUUCACAAAGCUACAAUGCCACUGAAAUUCCAAGAGUACAGUUCAAUCUGGACUCUGAUUUGUUUAUUUGUAUGUAAAUUAUCUUACAGCAGCUGUGGGUCUAUGGCACUGCAUUUUAGAAAGUUAUAAAAUUUGAUAUGCUGAAGAUUUCUAAGCUUUUUGUAGUACUGUAUUAAACUGUCGUCCUGUUGUGUAUUAUUUUUUACCUGCCGUUAACAAGCUUUGUAAAGAUGCAAGUUUAUGUGCUUAAAAAGUUUGUAUAAAGUGUACAUAGAUAUAGAUUGGGUUGUUUAAAUUUUGCAAGCUUUUGUAGAUAUUUAAUGUGUUCUGGGAUGCCUUGAUUUUUUGCUGAUAAAAGUGAAAUAUCACUCCAAAGCAGAGACAGAUUAGUAUUGAUGAACUGUUUUUUAAAGAAAAGGGUUGUAAAUUGAUCAACAAAAUCCAUUCUGUUCAUUUUAUUAACACAAAUACUACUUUUAUCAUAGCUGGAGCUUUUCAGUAUGGUGAGAUCAGAACCGGCAGUUGCUUAAUUCUUUGGAAUGAAUUCAGCAAAUGGAGCCUUUCAUGUAUUUUGUGUUCACAAAAAGGCACCAUGCUAAGGAUUGUGUCUUGAAUGACUAUAAUGAUUGUGCCAAGUCUUUGACAAAACAUGGCAAAUUAUUGCAAAAGAAUAAGAUUGCUUCUUAAGUGUUACUGAAGGAAACCAGAUGCCAUCAGAACUUGGAUCUAAUUCAAUGAUCAGCUGUGUAAUUGGUGUUGUUGGCAGUAUUAAAAACUGUAGUAUUUUACGAUUCAGUAGUUGUGCAUUGUACAGGUUGAUUUUUAACUGCCACCACAUUUCUUAAGUUCAUGUAACAAUAAAAUAUGUUUUUAAUUA